UCUCUCUCCAAGCGCGCAUAAUGGUAGAGGGAAAGAUGAACCCUUUGGCAAAAUGGGCGCUGGUCCUUUUUGGGCUUCUCUCCAUUAUUCUGAACAUCGUCCUCAUCGGCAUCCACUCCAGCAGGGCACCCAAAUGUUCCCGUGAACGCAUCCACCCGCUGCGAGGCACACACGACGACCGCACCCUUGUGUUCGCUGACCUCACCCGGGAGGAGUAUAUGAAGGUCCAGCAGUAUUUACUCAAACAAAAAGACCUGGCUAUAUCCACCAGCCAGAUCACAAAGCCAUCUGAAAACUUUCUCUUCUUAAUAGAACUGUCGCUCCCAAAGAAAGCAGAGGUGCUGGCUUAUCUGGACGAGAAAGGCUCCAAACCGGUGAGAGAGGCGACGGCAGUGGUUUUCCACGGCGCAAAAAGCUAUAUCAAGGAAUAUGUAGUGGGACCUCUCGACAACCCAACAUACCACAGAGAUGUGACUAAAGAGAGGUAUCAGGUGGAUGUCCCCAUUAAUGCGCGCCCGGUCACCAUUGGGGAGUACGCCUUGUUUUUUAGUUUUUUUGAAACCGAGAUCUUCUCCAAGUUAGAGAAACUCCUUCGAGAAAGCUUUGGGGUAGACAAGAAAAAGACGCUGAACGGGUUCGAGCAGAUGCCUCGCGGAGUUCGGUCCGGGGACAGAAAAACCUGGGUGUCUUUCUUCAGGGAUAUGAGUGGCAUGUACAUCCAUCCGGUGGGCUUCGAAAUUCUGCUUAACCACGAAAGCCUAAACAUGUCACAGUGGAGAAUAGAGAAAUUGCUUUAUAACGGCAAUUAUUUUAACUCUGUAGAAGAACUUCAACACGCAUAUGAUAAUGGGUCAGUUAAGAAAAUCGUUUAUAAAGAGUCGCCUGACUAUGGCUCUCUCAAGCCCAGGAGCAAGCCUCUGCAGAUCGGCCCGCAGCAGUUUUACGCAGAGGGGGCGCGAUACAGCGUCAGCAACAACCAUGUCCUGUACCUGGACUGGAGCUUCGCUUUCGGACUGAGCUCUCUCACCGGCAUGAAGGUGUUUGAUGUACGUUUCAAGGGUGAAAGGAUCGCGUAUGAACUGAGCGUACAGGAGGCUAUGUCGGUGUACGGUUCAGUGACACCAGGGAUGAUUAUUACCAAGUUCCUAGAUUCAAGUAUCGGCAUUGGGCGCUUUGCCCACGAGCUCGUCCGUGGAGUAGAUUGUCCUUAUGAGGCGACGUACGUGGACACAUACCGCUACAUUGAUGUCCCACUCCCGGUCAGGUUUAGAAAUUCUAUCUGCAUCUUUGAGCACAACAUGGGUCAGCCCCUGCGCAGGCACUUCGCCGACUUUUUCCACAACAACUUUGGGGGAAUGGCAAACAGCGCUUUAGUGUUCAGGACCAUCACGGCUAUCGGGAACUAUGACUACAUGUGGGAUUUCAUCUUUUACCAGAGCGGAUCAGUGGAGGUCAAAGUUCACGCAACCGGCUACAUCUCUUCUUCCUACCUGCUUCCCGGGAGUAAAAAACACGGACACCAGGUGGCUGAAAAUGUCUUGGGCAACAUUCACACGCACUUCGUUAAUUUUAAAGUGGACCUGGAUGUACUUGGUGUGAAGAAUGUAUUCCAGACCAAAGAUAUGGAGUAUAUGAAUGUGUCACUGCCAUGGAUGCCUGAUCACUACGCCAUGAUCCCUAAGCUGGUGGAGAAGCAGCUCAAAACAGAAAAGGAAGCUGCCUUGCGUUAUGACACCAAGACACCACGCUACCUGCACAUUGCCAGCAACAAGACCAACCGGUGGGGCCAUCAGCGCUCAUACAGGCUGCAGGUGUAUAGCUUUGCUGGGGACCACCUUCCAGAGAGCGAGGCAGAGGAGAAGGCGAUGUCCUGGGCCAGGUAUAAGGUUGCUGUUACCAAGCAUAAGGAUGUAGAGCAGACCAGCAGCAGUCUGUACAGUCAGAACAACAUCUGGACUCCAGCUGUUGACUUCAGCAAGUACAUUGAAGACAAUGAAAGCAUAGAAGACGAGGACCUUGUUGCCUGGGUGACCACCGGAUUCCUUCACAUCCCUCAUGCCGAGGAUAUCCCCAACACCGUAACGGUGGGCAAUGGGGGUGGGGUCCUGCUGAGGCCCCACAACUACUUUGACGAGGAUCCAUCCAUCCACUCUGCGGAUUCGGUGUACUUUGAGCCAGGCAGCGAGGACAGCUGUGAGCACAACAGGAUGGCUUGCCUCACUCGUGACACCUGCAGCCCCAACCUGGAGCCAUUCAGCUACCAUGGCUUUAAUGGAGUCAUGAAUUUUAAUGACUGGAACUGAUUUUUAUUUAAUUUAUUUUUAUUAUUUUUUAUUAUUUUUUUGCAUUAUGUUGUGGAGCUUCUGAGGCCUGACAAACUCACACGUGCUUGGCCUUAAGUAAUAACCAUGAAGGCCAUUAAAGUGUAUAAGAAAGCUGUUUCUAAAGGUAAAGGUGCACCAGGCAGCAUUUUAUAUAAUAAUCAUAAUUUUUCUCUACAGGACACAUUUAGUCACUUUUUUUUACACAUUUACCAGGAGUUAGACCUGACCACCCAGUUUAUGUCAUGUUUUUCAAAUGUAUUGAAAAGAGUUUUGCACAACCUUCAUACAUUGCAGUUUGCAUUUGGUUACAGCUUGCAUCAUGCAAAACGGUGAUGAAACAUAAGAGACUAUCCUGUUAGGCUGUAAUAAGCCUUUGCAUGUACAGUAGAUCAUGUGUCCUAUACAAUAAGACCAAUGUCUAUACUCUAUAUCUGAUUAUGAGUAUAAUAACAAAGUUGACUUUAACAUGAUGAAUCUCCCAAUGCCAGAUGUCUUAUUCUAAGCUGGUCUACAAAUUACAGCUUGCUGGCUAACUAGCUAUUAUUGCAAUAAGGCAAAUGUUAGUUAUACAGUUUUGCUUUGUUACAUGGUAACAUGAUUUACUAAUGGUUAAAUAUGCUACCAUUUGACAUUAUAUGUCAGUAUUACGAUUUACAUUAGCUGGUCAAAUAAUUUCUCAAGCUAGACGACUAGCAUUUACAUACAUGACUUUUCUACUGAUAAUGUUUGCAAGCAAGAGCCACUGAAAUGGAACUGUGAAUAUGUAUGGUUAUAAAAUGUUACAUUUAUUUGCCUGCACAGUUUCUGAUUUGUUUCAACUACUUUCAGUUAU